ACUUGUUUUUAGAAUGGAAAAAGGAAGUGCUACUGUAAUAAAUCGAAGUUAUAAAACAUUAAAUCAAUUAUUUAGUGAAUUAGGGGGUUUUGCAAAAGCAAUGAUUUUUUUGGGCUAUGUUUUAUCUUAUCCAGCUUAAAUUUUAUUAUUUAAAAUAAGCGUAGUGUAGAAAAUUUUUAACUUUUAAUAAUUAGAAGAAUAGAAUAAAGAAGAUAAAGAGUCUUAUUAGGAUAUUCCUAAAUAAUAGCAAGUAGAUAAAAGUGUUCAUAAAGGUAUUAAUUAAAACUAUGUUCAUGAAGAUAUUAAUUAAAACUGUGUUCAUGAAGAUAAUAAUUAAAACUGUGUUCAUGAAGAUAUUAAUUAAAACUAUGUUGUCCAUGAAGAUAAUUAAAACUGUGUUCAUGAAGAUAAUUAAAACUGUGUUCAUGAAGAUAAUAAUUAAAACUGUGUUUAAGAUUAGUAAAUGAAAUCUUAAAAAAUUUUAAAAAUAAAAGCGAAAAAUCGAGUUUAAACAUAUUUUGGAUUUAAAUUUAAUGACAAAAGAAAUCCUUUAAAAAGUGCGACUACAAUGGUAGUAGAAAAUAAUAAAAUAGAUAAUUAAACGAUUUAUAGA